UAUGAAUUAUUGUAAAGACUUUACAGAACGUGGUCCUGAAACCCUUAAGGAAUUUGAUGCAGAUUCUAUCCCUGCGGUGGAAGCUAUGAAGAAGCAAAUACUUGUUGCAUCAGUGUCCAUGCCUUUCUACACCGUUCUUCCAACUGUAUAUGAGUACAUGAUCGAGAGUGGAUGGACACAUUGUUUCUUUCAUAUCACCGAUGUUGGUUGGCCAAUGUAUCUUGCCUAUCUGGCUUUAUAUCUCAUCUUUGUGGAGUGCGGAAUGUACUGGGUGCACAGGGAGUUGCAUCACAUAAAGCCAUUAUACAAGCACCUCCAUGCAGUCCACCACGUUUACAACAAGGAAAAUACCUUAUCACCAUUUGCGGGACUAGCAUCCCAUCCGCUGGAUGGGAUUUUACUAGCCAUGCCGCAUGUGGUUGCUCCCUUCCUUUUCCCAACGCACUUCAGGACUAACGUUGCCCUCUUGUUCAUGGAGGCUAUGUGGACAGCUAAUAUCCAUGAUUGCAUUCAUGGCAAGGUUUGGCCGGUGAUGGGCGCUGGAUAUCACACUAUUCACCAUACCACUUACCGGCACAACUAUGGCCACUACACUAUCUGGAUGGACUCACUGUUUGGCACACUUCAAAAUCCAGAAGAUAUCUUUAAGGAGGCUUGA